CACUAUGAACUUGCCGCUCUGCCUCCCUGGUUAAGGACGCAACCCAGUAAAGCUGUAGUCACUCGGUAGACAAUACGACGCUGCUGUAGAGGAUAUUAGAAGGUUUGGUGAUUACAUAACAUAUUGACACUGCUGUGGUUAAGCUACGUUUGAUAAACUGUAGAUGUGACUGGUCAGGAAGCAUUCCGGUACUCCGUCGACAGCAGUUCCAUGUUGGAGUGCUGGAGGUGGCCAGAUAUCAGCGGUGAAGAUACUUUGUGGUGAGCCUUACCCUCCUGCUGCUGCUGCUGGUGGUGGUGGUGGCGGUGCUGCUGCUGCUGGUGGCGGUGCUGCUGCUGCUGCUGCUGCUGCUGCUGCUGCUGCUGCUACUGCUACUGCUGCUGCUGCUGCUACUGCUGCUGCUGCUGCUGCUGCUGCCACUGCUCCAUCAUGGCGGCUACAGCCCUGCUGUUGUGGUUGCUGAUAUUCACUUCCUUCGUCUUCAUGCGUCAAGCAGGAGCGUCAGAACACAUAGAUGACGUAUGCAAUGCAGUUAGGGAAGGAAAUCUACAAGCAAUAUCAGACAUGCUAGCUGCAGGCAUGGAUGUAGAUACCCGGGACCAUAUCCAGAGGACGGGAUUACACUGUGCAUCGCGACACGGGCAGCUGAAUAUCGCUAAGCUUUUCCUGAAAUACAAUGCCAACAUUAAUGCCACAGACAAAGACAGGCAAACACCACUGGACUUGGCAAUAUGGCAGAACUACUAUGACAUAAUGGCAUUGUUGAGAGAUGCCAUACACAACAACAGCUUCAUUAAUGGGUGUCAAGUGGGUGACGCGGUGUACAGUAACGGAGAGCAAUGGGCGCAUGAUUGUCAUGAACACAUCUGCAAUAAUGGCUCAGUACAGAUCCAGGGCCUACUGCCCAUGUGUUGCAAGAUAUUACUUGAGUUCUAUCCUGACAAGUCAACAUGGACUCAAGGAUGCCAUCGCUACUGGUGUGAAUCUGGCUCUGUCAAGACUGUUGUCAUAGAUUCGUGUUGUGAGGUGCUCGAUGAAGUGUAUCCUCAUGGAUACUCCUGGUCCCAUGAUUGCCAUAAUUAUACUUGCAAUUCUGGAGUACCAGAACGUCUCGCUGUUCUGGAUUCAUGUUGUGAAGUGUUCGACGAGGUCUUCCCCGACCAACACAACUGGACUCUUGGCUGCAACAACUUCACUUGUAACUCCGGCUCACUCAAGAUCCUUGCUGUGCUGGACACUUGUUGUGAAGCAUUUGGGACGGUGUCCCCUGAUGGACACUCAUGGACUAAAGAUUGCCGCGUCUAUAACUGCAAUGCUGGCGCCGUCUUUAUUGUUGAUGUGGUAGAGUCCUGUUGUGUGGAGCUUGACAAGGCGUAUCCUGAUGGCUACAGCUGGACACAAGGAUGCCACAACUACAUCUGUAAUAAUGGCUCAUCAAAAGCUAUUAGUACACUGGACUCAUGUUGUAAUGUGCUUGGUGAAGUGUACCCUGAUCAACACAAGUGGACAGAAGGAUGCCAUAACUACAUCUGUAAAUAUGGCUUACCAGAAGCUGUUGAUGUAUUACACACAUGUUGUGAAGUGCUCGGUGAGGUGUACCCUAAUCAAUACAAUUGGACAAUAGAUUGCCAUAAUUACACGUGUAAAAGUGGUCUUCCAGAAGUUGUUGGUGUAACACACACAUGUUGCACAAUGCUUGGUGAAAUUUACCCCGAUGGACACCAAUGGACCCAUGAAUGCCAAAACUACACCUGUAAUUUUGGAACACUAAACAUCGUAGCCGAGCUUAGCACUUGCGAUGAUCUUGACAGAGCAAGAAACACUUCGAUAAUCAUCAUUGUAGCAGUUGUCAUCGUAGCAGUUAUCAUCAUUGUGACAAUCUUCCAAUACAUCAAAAAGAAAGCACCCACCAUUGGCAGGUGUGUUCGACUUAAUGAUCUUCAAGAUGACUUGCUGGGUUCAAUGUCCCCGCGGCUCGGUCCUUGACCAGGCCUCGUCUAAAGGGGGCUUCAGAGAAAAAAAUGUGAACAGAUGAGCUGUCCAGCAAAAGGUUAUAGAUAUUAAAAUACAAAAAAUAUGCAUUGUCCAUUUGUUUUAUCAUAUACACUAUGUAGCAUCACAGAUAAAAAAAAUACUGUACCACCACACUAUAUCAAUAAAACCAGGUGUAAAGGGCUCAUUAGCUAUAAAAAUUAUAUUUUUAACAAAUAUAGUAUUAAAGGAUUUGCAUAGAACAUCAAUAGCAUGAAUUAAUUUAUACGUAUUUUGUAUAAAGCCACUGAUCUCUUCAACCCAGCAUUAUUAUUUACCCUAUCGUAAGCGUCAAUCACACUCGAUUCCAAACCUCCACACUCUUCUAGUCUUCCCCUCUUACACUAAUACCAUAAUGUUAGCACUUGGUAAAUGAUAAACGUCACCGUAAAUGUUUCCAGCUCCCGCUACUACAUUUGUAGAGCAGUUUUACCCUACUAGGCUGCGAUGUAAUAAAUAGGUACAUUGUAUAGCAUUCUUAAACUUUGCAAAUGGAAGUGGUUUCACCAAUCUGCUUGAAGUUAUUUAGGAAUCUUGAAUAAAAUCUGAAAUGCAUA